UGAACGCACGAAUUACCUCGCGAGAUCUUCGCGAGCGCAGUGCGACGCGGUCAGUGAUUGUCGCGCGUCGGUUUCGCAGGAUAAACAGCGAGCGAGAGAGAGAGAGAGAGAUACCACGCGUGCAGGCCACCAAAAUGUCGACGGUGGAAAGGAAGGAAUACCAGGAGACGAAAAUAAUGCGCACUGUGUCUCCAGUGCGUAACGGAAGAGGCUCGACGCAAGACCUCGCCCAGUUCGAUUCGAAUUUAGAUUAUUUACUCGAGGACCUACAGAACUCGGUGUCUCGUCCUGGGAGCUCCCUCGGUCAAUACGGCAGCACCUCCACGACCACUAACCACCGGAAAUACAAUACCCUGGAUUCGGCCAAGACCGACUCGGCAUCACGGGUGACCAACGUCAAAGCAUCCAACCCGGUGACUGAAUACUCGUCGGAUGACGCUUACAAUUACACGUCCCCCGACGGUCGACACAAAACCCACGCUUACAAGAAGGAACGCUACAUGUAUAAGACCAGUAGCGUGGAGAGGGACAUCGAACCCGAGAGGAACCGCAUGCAGAACAGUAUCAAUCAGCUGGAUUCUCUUCUCGACGAUUUGCAGCAGGUGAAGAAGUCCUCGUAUUCAGAAAAAGAAACGUAUAACUCGGCUGGCACCGCUCCAGCCUUUCGGACGGCGGAAAAAAGUGUCAACAGAGAGCUGCUCUAUGGCAACACCCCACCUUCGUCGAAGACGAGAACCUUCGAACGGACCGAGAAGGAGACGUCCCACCUCAGAAGAGACGUUGACUAUACAGGCGAGGGUACCUAUGGUGAUAUCCGCCCACUGCGCGCAACCUCCCCCUCACCAUCGUCGAAGACUUCUACCCUGACGCGACAGACCAAAGUCGCAAACGUCCACGAGUAUCCCCUUAGGGUGGUCGAGACGCCCGUGCCCGAUAUCGAUCCCGAAGUGUUGGCGCAUUUGGAUCCCAACCUCCAUCCACCUGGCAACACCAAAGUCACGACCACCAUCAAGACUUACACGUACGAGAUACCUGGAUCGGGACCAUACCCAACCAAUGUUAAUGUUGAGAAGACAGUCGACACAGAAAACAAGAGUAUUUAUUCCCCCAACGACUCAAUCACCACACCCAGCAAAAGUUUCGUCUACAACAAGUACGAAAACAAGGAAAACACUAUUUACAAGGACGAACCGGCGUGGAAAGAUGUGAAAUACAACAAACAAUAUAAAGAAACUGUGACGGACAAUGUGAGAUACACAAAUCCGCCCUACCCCAAACCGGAAGACUCCUCUUGGAAGCUCAACAAACAAUACAAGGAGACUGUGACUGACAAUGUGACAUAUACGGCGCCCCCCUACCAAAAACCGGCCCCACCCGGUGGGUACACCACAGUGAAAGAGACGAUUACCACUAGGAACUACCAACCAGGGUACCAGCCGGAUCUGGAGCCUCCGACUACGAAUCAAGCCUAUUACUACAACGAAUCGACAACUACAAAAAAUAUUCAAAAUGCGUACCCCCAGCAGCCGCCCCCCUUGAACAAGGAAACCUAUAUUAUCAACAAGGAGACCAACGUUAUCAAUAGAAAUCAACCUCCCAUGUCCGAAAGAGGUUAUCCCGUUUACAAUCCCCCCACUGGCAAAAGCAGUUACAUUCUAAAGGAGACACACACUACAAAUUACCAGAAUGGCCACCCGCCAAAGGAUGUGGAAACUUUCAACCCAAACCAGCCACCUUACAAGAAACCCAACGAGCCAAUCAACAUACAUUAUAGUUAUAAAUCCUCAAAUACUACAGAGAACCGGUAUAAAGGCGGGUACCCCGCGGAGGAUGAAAGCCGACCUUUGCUACCGGGAAAGUUCCCGACAAACGAAGGACCUGAUGGCCCUCCAAAAAGAAUUGACGAGCUGAUGGCCACUAUUGGUAAUGAGCCACCGAAUAGUCCCUUAAACGCUGGUUUCACCGCACAUGAAAAUGAACUCGCGCAGCAAAAGAAGAUCGACUGUCUGAAGCAGCAACAAGCCGAAAUAGACGACGGCCACAAAAAAGAUUCGGCACCGCCAACGAAAAACGUAUCCGGGCCCCCUGUGUACUACCCACCUGGCCAUGAGAUGUUUGCCAAAAAAGAAGAAGGUGGCGGGGGUUGGCGCGCGGAGGGCGCUUACGCAAAGGGUUCUGGAAAAUACAUGUACGAAGCAGAAAGCGGUUCGAAAUCCAAGAGUAAAAGCGGAAUGGCGGUGGUCCCUGUUUGUCUACCGCUGUGUUGUGGACUUCCAUGCACCUUGUUAUAGGUUAGGUUUCUUUGUAUAUUCGUGUUGUGCCUUAGCUGUUACAUAACCCAGCGGAAAACCAUAAAUCGACUUUGCCCAUUAACACCUUUUUUACUUUUUUUAACAUUAUUUUAAAGACAAACGCUUAAACUUAUAAUAGAUCUGAGACUAUUUAUUGACAUUUAGGGUAACUGUAAGAAAAUAUAACAUUUUCAAAUUUAUGUGUAAAUAUAAUUUUAUUUGGUAUUCAAGCUUUAAAUAAAAAUUAUAAUGUACGUUAAUAAUUGUAUGUAGUUUAGAGGGUGUCUAUGUUGUGUGCUUACAAUAUUGAUUGAGACAAUAACUGCGAAACAUUAAAUAAGAGUUAUUUUUGUAAAUCGUGGCAAAUAAUAAAAUCAACACAUAAAGAAACAAAAAA